AAAAACAGACACUCCGGUAUUUGAGCAUUUAACCUGUAUGGACGCCAGGGAUUCUUCCUUUGGACAAAAUGGUUCUACGAUUGUGCCCAUUUCUACCCAUGAAACAGAUAAUCCAAUCUCAGCACAAAAUAUACCAGGGGCCCUGACCCAGACACAGCCUCCUCCUGCAGAACAAUUUCAUCUAGUCGAUGAAAAUGGGCAGCCUAUGCAAUAUGAACUUCAGUCUCUAGGGGAUUCUAAUGCGCAAAUGAUGAUUGUAGCUGACCCAUCAGAAAAUGGACAGGUGCUUCAAGUAAUUCCAUCUACACAGACAGAAAUGACUCACAUGAUUGUACCUCAGGGACAGCUUGUGGAAGUGAAUAGUCCUCAGGAGGAAAAGUUGCUUAGUGCUUUUCUAUGUGUGCGUAAGUUCAGUACUUGUAAUAUGUUCUUACAUAUAUUCCUCCCUUUGCCCAGAAUACUUCAAGAACCUUUUCUGGCUCAUCUCCAGCCACUUUCUUCUAACACACCUAUAUGGGCCUGCCGUCUUAGGGGCUGUGAGAAAAUUGGAGAUUCAUACCGUGGCUAUUGUAUUAGUGAGACUGAAUUAGAAAGUGUCCUCACAUUUCAUAAGCAGCAAACACAGAGUGUUUGGGGGACCCGCCAAUCUCCAAGCCCAGCCAAGCCUGCUUCACGCUUGAUGUGGAAAUCCCAGUAUGUCCCAUACGAUGGAAUCCCAUUUAUUAAUGCAGGGAGCAGGGCUGUGGUCAUGGAGUGUCAGUACGGGCCAAGGAGGAAAGGGUUCCAGUUUAAAAAAGUCAGUGAGCAGGAAAACAGGUCCUGUCAGCUCUACAAAGCUACUUGUCCAGCCCGGAUCUACAUUAAAAAGGUACAGAAGUUUCCUGAAUUUAGCGUUUCCACUGACCCCAAAGUUGACAGAAAACUAGUCAGAAUGGAGCAGGAGAAAGCCUUUAACACACUAAAGAAGAACAUAGUGGAUGCUGGAGGUGUUAUUAGGUGGUAUGUACAGUUACCUACACAGCAGGCUCAUCAGUAUCAUGAAUUAGAGACUCCCUGCCUUUCACCUUCCCCCUCUCCUUCCCCUUCCCCUUUUCCUAUGCCUUCUCUUGAAGAAGAGGAAAAUGCAAUUAGAGAUGAGAAUUGUGCAUUACCCUCACGUCUACAUCCUCAAGUAGCUUGUAAGAUUCGAGAAUUAGUAUCCCAAGGAAUAGAACAGGUGUAUGCAGUAAGGAAACAGCUAAGAAAAUUCGUGGAAAGGGAAUUGUUCAGACCUGAUGAGAUACCUGAAAGACAUAAUUUAUCUUUUUUUCCAACUGUGAAUGAUAUCAGAAAUCACAUCCAUGAGGUACAGAAAUCCUUGAGAAAUGGCGAUAUCUAUAACUCCGACAUUAUUCCGGCAACGCUUCAAUGGACUGAAGAUAAUGGGAAUAUUCUUAGAGAGACUGUGACAGUUACAAUUGCAGAUGAAAAUGCACCAGAAGAAUUGAUUACCACCAAAGUGGAAGGAAAUCAGACAAGGAGUUCUUUGUCUCCAGAGCCAACCCACUUGCUCUCCUCACUUUCCUCAUUUCAGCCCAAAAUAUUUGCACAACUGCAGGGUUUGCAGUUACAACAAAGAUUCUCCUCUCCUGAUGAAUCCCCAGCUCUGAUACCAGGAAAUAACCACCUCUCCUCCAGCCCUUCAAGACUUCUGGAUUCAUUAGGAAGUGCUGUAAUGAGUAAUAAUUCUCUACUGCUUGGUCAGAGUCACAACCUCCCAACAGACUCAUGUCUGACCCAAAACAAUAAUACUGCCUCCGCGAUGGAUAGCUCUCCAGGACCAGAUCAUAAUCUCAUUGCAAUGGACCAACUAGUAGAAGUUGGGGACGUCGAGGAUGCAGAAAAUCUUGAAGGAAGUGUUUCUCAGAUUCUGUUAGGAGACAUGCAGACCAUCCCCAUGCGCAUUAUAGGCAGCCAUCCUAGCCUUAUUGAAGAAUCUCCAGAAGGCACCAUUUCUGUGAGCCAAGUUAAGCAAGAACCCAAAGAAAUAGCCUUGUCUGUGGAAGCAGAAGAAAAUUUGGACUGCAAGAAAUUACCUGCCACAUGAAUGACUGAAGCUUUUCAGAAUUGACAGCUGUGGUUGGUGACUUCUGAUACCUGAAAAAAGAAGGUGAAUCUUGUCAGAGUAUUGCCAUUCUUCAGGACGAUGCGAUAAGUGGACUGAAGACUGAUUCGAUGAGCAACUUUAAUUUAAAACUGUUGCCAAUUUGAUGUUUUUACCUUCUUUAAGAGACAUUUUACUCUUCUUAUUUUAUAUAAUUAUUAUGCUUUCUGGUUGUCUAAUAAGGCCCAUAUUUCAGAAGAUCAUCUGAAUUUAUCCAUGAAGAUGUAGUCAGAACACAAACAGUUAUCUAACUCAUCCCCUGGGAAUAACCCAUUUUUUGGAUUGAACCUAUUUGCUGGAGGCAUUUUGAAGGCUGGCUGCCAAAUCUGACUUACCUCAAACUCAGAUUCCUCAUAGUUUGCGUGUGAUUUGUUGUGUAAAAUAAGUCCAAAUCACAUUAUAGGUUAGUGAUGAAUUAUGAAUAAUAAUACAUUUCACUUUUAAUAAUUUUUAUGAAAACCUUUCACAACUUAAAAUAAUAGAUCUUCAUUUUUCAGUAAUAGUAAUGUUUUACUAUUAAAUUUAUUUUACCAAUUGAACUAUAUGCAUAUUCUUGGGAGACAUUCCUUACUUUUUUUCAUGUUGAGUUGCUGAGUUGCUCCUUAAGGUACAAAUCCUAGUCGGGUACCUGUGAGGAUAGGAGGGGUCAGAGGACUCAGGCUUUGAUACUUGAUCAAGAAUAAAACCUAGUUUAAAACAAUAGUUCUCUCACUUCCCACCAUGUGUAAAUGUCUCUUUUGAUAACUUUUUUUUUAUCAUGAAGACAGAAAGUGAUGGUUCAUUCUUCCCACAAGCAAACGGGGGAUAAAAACAAAUAACAUGAAGGUUUAAAUCCCUAAUUGUUUACUCUCUUGGUUUUUAGGUAGAAACUGGAACUAUCAAUAUUUCCAUGUAAGUAUUUCAACGAGUAGCUCUUUAAAAAUAUUUUCUAAAUGAGUUUUUACAAAUUCAUUUGUCCUCCGAAUGCAUGUUCAGUCAGAACGUAUGUAAAGGUGCUUAGCAUCGCUUUUCGAAAACUAUGUUUACAUAUUUUUAAUGUUUGUUUUUUAACUACAAAGGGAAUUAAAUACUGUGCAUAAAAUU